AUGCCAUUCUCUCCCGUCAUUUGUCGCCCGGCCAAAUCCUCGACAUCUACACGACUGGCAGUCGGGCCCAAACCCCACGGCGGCGAGGGCUGGCGACCUCCCGGAGUUUCCGCCAGCCAACCGACCCUGCAGCCCUUUCCUGCACGCGGGGCCGUCUAUCCCAUCGACCCUAUGUGGUCAGACGACUCUCAAGGUCGGCCUUGGGACGGCUACCACACCGCGCGGUGGCAGCGUAUCUUCACCGCCGACCUGUCGCCGAGCAGCCCAUACUACCCCUCCAGUUCGCCCACUCUCUCGCAGGGAGGAAGCCAAUCGUCAUCAGCCACCGGCGCCUCCGACAUUCCGUCCAUUCUCCACCCGGCCUUCGCGACCCACCUCACACAGUCGAUGCGCCGCGUUUUCAUCAACGACAGCACGGCAGACCAAGACGAGAUCAGGUCGACCUGCACGCCGUCGCGCCUCAGCCGGCGCGUCCGCUUCCUCCCUCACCCGGUGAAGACAGACCUCCCGUACAAGUCGGUGUCCGCUCGGCACGAUCCCUCGGGCGGGUUCGUCGUCGAGGUCGGCAAAGUCGAUGGCUCCGCGCUCUCUCCGGAGUCUGGCUGCGAGGCGGACGUCGAAGAUGAAGACGGAACCGAGGGAAUGUAG